CUCCUGUAUCUCGUCCAGCGAGCCUUCCCCUUCCAGCACUAUCACGUGGCCACCGACGUCACACCUCGCGUUUUCCGUGAGGCGUUUGGCUGCGGUUCUGGGAUGCGUUCUCUGAGCUAUGUGCAGCGUGCUGUGUUGGAGUUCAGCGGGUCGCUCUUCCCGCACGCUUUGUGUCUCGGGGACGCGGACAAUGACUCGCUGAAUGAGUUGGUCCUGGGAGACACCAGCGGGAGGCUGCAAGUCUACAAGAAUGACCAGAGCAAGCCCUGGCUGAGCCGCUGCUGCUCCGGCAUGCUGACCUGUGUAGGUGUUGGCGAUGUUUGCAAUAAAGGAAAGAAUUUUGUAGUGGCUGUUAGUGCAGAGGGCUGGUUUCAUCUCUUUGACCUGAGCUCUAAAUCAGAUGCCCCAAGUGACCUUACAAUGGGAGAAGAACAGAAAGCUACUUACACACAGCAUUUACCUGCAAAUACCAAGCUAGCCCUGAUUAGCGAUAUAGAUGGAGAUGGCCGCUGUGAGUUGGUCUUAGGAUACACAGACCGUGUGGUCCGAGCAUUUCGCUGGGAGAGUCCACCAGAUGCUGAUCUGGCCUGUGGGCAGCUCGUUCCUCUAAAAAAAUGGUUGCUGGAAGGACAGGUUGACAGUCUUUCAGUAAACCCUGGCACAGAUGGUAUACCUGAGUUAAUGGUGUCCCAACCAGGUUGUGGAUAUGCAAUUCUACUGUGUACCUGGGGAGAUGAGUCCAACUCGGGAUCAGAAGGAUCAGGAGCUGCUGAAGCAAGGGAGACAUCAGCCCGGGAUGUCAUCCUUCACCAAACCUCUGGGCGGAUACAUAAUAAAAAUGUUUCUACACACCUGAUGGGGAACAUCAAGCAAGGACCUGGUGUUGGAAACCGAGAACCUGGUCUCUUUGCACUAUGCACCUUGGAUGGCACACUAAAACUUAUGCAGGGAUCUGACAGACUACUCUGGUCAGUUCAGGUUGAUCAUCAGCUCUUUGCUUUGGAGAAGCUUGAUGUGACGGGGAACGGACAAGAAGAAGUUGUGGCCUGUGCAUGGGAUGGUCAGACAUACAUCAUAGAUCACAAUCGCACGGUCCUUCGUUUCCAAGUUGAUGAGAAUGUCAGUGCUUUCUGUGCUGGACUUUAUGCCUGCCGGGGUAACCAGAACAGUCCAUGUUUGGUUUAUGUUGGUUUCAAUCAGAAAAUUUAUGUAUAUUGGUCCAUAACACUUGAGAGGAUAGAAUCCUCAAACCUUCUGUAUGUAUUGGAGGGAAAUGAGGAAUUCGCAUCCCUACUUAGUAAAUUGCAUAUAGAUGUAAAUGAUGUCUCAGCUGUACGUGAUCUUAUCCAUCGAACUUUCUAUUGUUCUAAUAGGAAACAAAAGGUGGCAAGAGAGACUAUAGGACAUUGAUUUCUGGAACCUGGACCUAUAAAUUCAUCAAACUGCAUGCCGUGCCUACAGCAAUACAAUGAUAGUAAAUACUGUGUAAUGGUUCUCUCCAGAAGCACUAUAUUCUGGUUACAACAAGUUAUCCCCCCUAUCCAUUGCGUAGGGAAUAACUGUUCAAUUGAUGGAUAUCUGGGCGGAAAAAGAUUGAAGAAGUAGUCACUUUCUAUUCUCUUCUAUGAGAGUUAUGAAACAGCCGGAGCUCUGGGAUAUGGCAGCCGCCACAUCUAAGAGGGGUCAAGGCACCCAGAACUGUCAGAAAUGUAAUGUGAAUCCUGUGGCUAUGCCAUAAAUAUUCAAGAUGGUAAUACCACUUCUAAGAAGAAUAAGAGAUUGUUUAGUGCUGUUGACCAGCCACGUGUAAAUGCAAGAGUUAAAUAGAACUGGUCAGUUCUCCAGUAAAGGACAAUGCUGAAUACAACCACUAUACACUACUGCCCUCUUCUGUCAGUAUGCUUGGCGACUGGCAAAUGCAGCGUUUUAUUUUAAAGAGGAUUUGUGACCUGAAAUACUUUCAUUCCACGUAAGAGAAUAAUUCUGGAGCACCUUUUCUAAGAACUCUGCUUUGUACCAUUCCUCUAUCUUCGGGAAAUACAUAAAUAGGUAGAUUACUGGGUGUUGUUGUUCCCCUGGUCAGUAGGGCGUUUUCUUACACAAUCAGGCACUCUCCAUUCAGUGCUUACAGUGUCAGAGUGUAGACACACCCAUCUGUCAACUCACUUCCAGGAGGAAUAAUAAAGGAAUAGUAUUCAGAGGUCUGAGAAAAGAUGCCCCAGAAUUUGUAUUACAUGUAGUAUGAAAAUGUUGCAGCUGACAAGUCUUCUUUAAGAUGUAGUGCCGAGGAUGCCACUGAACCAGCUGGUCAUUUAAAUCUCCAUUGGCAAGAGGAAUAGAAGAGGGAAAGAGGAGGCAGCGGAAUGGUGGUUGUGUCUAGCAAGGUAUGAAAAGCAAGCACUGUGUAGUGUUCUAUGAAACAUUAGAUUUAUGCUUGCAUUCUCACUAAUGAAAUAAUGUUUAGAAAUAAAAAUGUGAAUCCUCUGUCUGUUUGACAGAGGAAAAGCAUUCCAGCGUUUAAGUGCAGCACUGGAGGAGUGUUGGAAACAUUAGCCUUUUUUUUUGUGUGUGUGUAAAGGAAGACAAAUGGGCAGUUAUCCAGGAAUGAAUAAUGAUGACCUCUCCUCAGUAUAGGUCAUCAUUAUCACAUUUGCGGGGGUCCAGCAUCCCCACUGAUCAGCUGUUUCAGGGAGCCGCCAGACCCAACGAAGUUAUGGUUGUUCCUGGCAGCUUUUGAAGCGCACCGCCGUACAUUGUAAAGGGGCUGUACUUGGUAUUGCAGAUCAGGCCCAUUCACUUCAGUGGGGCUGAGCUGCAGCUAAGUCAUGUGAGCGACGUACAGUGAUGUCACAUGGCCUAGGAAGCGACAGUGACACUCACCAGAGGAUAGGUCAUCAAUAUUAAUUACCGGAUAGCCCCUUUAAUGAAGUAUUCUUUUAAUUUGAAGCUAUCCUCUAUCCACAGGAGAUAGAUAUUAGAUCAGUAGGGGUCCUACCACACAGCGGGGCGAUAGGUAGAGCAAGCUCACUGCCACUCUGUUUGUCGUCAUAAAAAGUGCCUGAGACAGCAGAGUAUAGCGCUUGGCUGUUUCUGGCAGGUCCCAUAGUGAUGAAUGGAGCAGUAGUUCACAAGCUCAACCUGAUGCUUUGUUCAAUCUGUGGGGUAUGGGCCCACGCUGUCAUGAUUGUGGGGGUCCCAGCAGUAGGACUGCCACCAUUCUUGUUCCUUAUCCAUUAUCUGAAUACUUCUGUAAUCUCAGAGCUGAAUUUGCACCAGAUAUUAUUAGAGAGCAGGAGUGACCAUCAAAAAGGUCUACACUGCAUUACCAACUGAAUUCUUUCUUUAGGAGCUUUUUCUAUUCCAUGUAAAUAAAAUUAAAGGCCCAUUCAGACAGUAGUAUGAAAGGGUCCGCAUCCAUUCUGCAAUUUAGCGGAACGGGUUCGGACCCAUUCUUUUCAAUGGGGCCGCAAAAGAUGCGGACAGCACACCGUGUGCUGUCUGCAUCCGUGGUUCUGUUCCACGGCUCGGCAGAAAGGGUAGAGCAUGUCCUAUUCUUGUCCGCAAUCGCGGACAAAAAUAGGCAUUCUCUAUUAUGGUUGCAGCCAUGUGGGGUCUGCAAAUUGCGUAACUCACACGGCCGGUAUCCGUGUUUUGCGGAUCUGCAAAACACUACGGUUGUGGGAAUACGCGCCCUAAAGGGAACCUGUCAUUGUGAAAAUGCAGUGCAGUCUGCGGGCAGCAUGUUAUACUGUAUUUUUGUAGGAACUAAAUAUUUGGAGAUUUUUAAUAAUUUACUAUGUAACUAAGGCUACUUUCACACUAGCGUUUUUACUGGAUCCGGCAGGGUCCAGCAAAAAUGCUUCCGUUACUGAU